GGUACCCCUGCGUCUGUGGUUGCGCUGGCAUAUAUUAGGACACGCUGACGACCUCGAGCUGAACCCAUUCGGCCGCCAUUCGCAAAGGGCCCGACUCCACAGAUUAAUCAUGCAUUUUUUAUAUUUUAGCUAGCUGCCAAAAAUGGACUCAAGCACACGCCAAGGCGGAAUUCAGCAAUUAUUGGCUGCAGAGCAAGAAGCUCAACAUACGGUCAAUGCUGCUAGGAAUGAAAAAAUGGCCCGGCUAAAGCAGGCUAAAGAAGAGGCUGAAAAGGACGUUGCUGCAUAUCGUUCCCACAUGGAAGCUCAAUUUCAGAGAAAGGUUGUGGAGAGUAGUGGGGACUCUGGUGCGAAUGUUAGGCGCCUCGAAGAAGAAACUGACGUGAAGAUCGAAUACCUGAAGUCACAGGCAGCAAGCGUUUCCCUUGAUGUUGUUAAUAUGCUUCUGAAUUAUGUGACUACCGUUAAAAAUUAAGCUAUCAUGGAUUUACCCGUGGGUGGCUGGCAUCUUGAAUAUUUUUGAACUAAAAUCAAUUUUUUGUUAAUUCAGAGCAUCUGAGGGACAAUCUGUCCCAUGUAAUGCCUGUAGACAUGAACCUCAAUUCUGUUUUUAAAAUAAGCUGCAUUCGCAUAUCUCAGACUUUUU